UGUGCUGUGCCCAGGAUGGAAUCCUGGCAGGGCAAGUGUCACUGCGUGUGGAGCAUCCCCGGCACCGCUGGGGCGUGGCUGUGCUGUGUGUGCCCAUGUCCCCAGAACCCCCUGCCACUCAGUCCCCUGUCCCCAGUGAGCUUUGUGGACUGUGGUGAGCCGCGCCGUGCCGCCUUCCUCCCGGACGACACGCGCUUCAAGGUGAGCAGGGAUGGCAUCGUCUCUGCCACCCGGCCCGUGCAGCUCCAGCAGCGGGAGAUCGCCUUUGCCGUGCACACCUGGGACGCCACGGGCAAGAAGCAUUCGGCCAAGGUGACCCUGCGCCAGCGGUGGCGCCAGCACCCACACGAGAGGAUGCAGCAGGACACGGUACCCGACGUGCUGACCUUCCCGGAGCAUGGACACGGCCUCCGGCGGCAGAAGAGGGACUGGGUCAUUCCUCCCAUCAACUGCCCUGAGAAUGAGCGGGGACCCUUCCCCAAGAAGCUGGUGCAGAUCAAAUCCAACAAGGACAAGGAGACCAAGGUUUUCUACAGCAUCACGGGGCAGGGAGCAGACACCAUCCCCGUGGGUGUCUUCAUCAUCGAGCGGGAGACGGGGUGGCUGGAGGUGACAAAACCCCUGGACCGGGAGGACAAGGAUAAAUAUGUGCUCUACUCCCAUGCUGUGUCAGCCAACGGGCAGUCCGUGGAAGACCCCAUGGAGAUCAUCAUCACCGUCACUGACCAGAACGACAACCGGCCCGUCUUCACCCAGCAAGUCUUUGUUGGCUACAUUGAGGAGAACGCAAAGCCGGGCACAUCUGUGAUGACCGUGAACGCUACAGAUGCAGAUGAUGCGAUCAACGUGAACAACGGCAUCAUUGGCUACUCCAUCCUCAGCGAGGAGCCCAAGAGUGCAGAGGACAUGUUCACCAUCAAUGCCGAGAAGGGCAUCAUCAGUGUCAUUGGCACAGGACUGGACCGGGAGACCACUCCCAACUACACACUGAUCAUCCAGGCUGCAGACCAGGAGGGCAGAGGCCUGACCAACACUGCCACUGCCAUCAUCAAAGUCACUGAUGCCAACGACAACCCUCCCAUCUUCAACCCCAGCAUGUAUGAGGUGGCAGUGGAUGAGAACGAGGUGGGGGUGACAGUGGCCCGGCUGCAUGUGACAGACCAGGACCUGCCAGGAUCCCCAGCCUGGCAUGCUGUCUACCGCAUCCAGAGUGGGGACCCGCAGGGCGACUUCGAGAUCAGCACUGACCCCAAAACUAACGAUGGGAUUCUGAAAACUGCCAAGGGCCUGGAUUAUGAGACCCAGAACCAGUACAAGCUCGUGGUGUCAGUGGAGAACGAGGUCCCCUUCACUGUGACCCUGAACCCUGCCACAGCCACUGUCCUGGUGGUGGUCAGGGACAAGAAUGAAGCCCCCAUGUUCAUACCCCCAGUCAAGGAGGUAAUGGUGAGGGAGGAUGUGCCAGUGGGAUACCAGAUCGCCUCCUACACAGCCCAGGAUCCUGACAAGGACCAGAACCAGAAAAUCACGUAUCGCAUGGGCAGCGACCCCGCGGGGUGGUUGGCCAUUAACCCUGAGAACGGCAUCAUCACGGCAAUCCAGACACUGGACCGGGAAUCAGCGUAUGCCAUCAACAGCACCUACAAGGCCAUCGUCCUGGCUGUAGACAAUGGGUCACCACAAGCUGCCACCGGCAUGGGGACACUGCUCCUCCUGCUUCAAGAUGUGAACGACAACUGGCCCGUGCCAGAGCCCCGGAGCUUCGACAUCUGCAACCGGCAGCCCGAGGAGCAGACGCUGAAGAUCAUCGACAAGGACCUGCCCCCCAACACCUACCCCUUCCAGGCAGAGCUGAUGCACGGCUCCGGCAGCAACUGGACUGCCAGGGUGGUGCAACAAGACCUGGUGAAGCUGACCAUGAAGAAAGAGCUGGAGCCGGGUGAGUACAGCAUCUUCCUGAAGCUGCUGGAUGCGCAGAACAAGGAGCAGGUGACACAGGUGCGAGCCCAGGUCUGCAGCUGCGAGGGGCCAGCCAAGAACUGCGAGAAGCGAGCGUUCAUCUCCGGUGGCAUGGGCGUGCCUGCCAUCCUGGGCAUCCUGGGGGGCAUCCUGGCGCUACUCAUCCUGUUGCUGCUGCUGCUGCUCUUCGCAAGGAGGAGGAAGGUGGUGAAGGAACCGCUGCUCCCACCCGAGGAUGACAUGAGGGACAAUGUGUACCACUAUGACGAGGAGGGUGGUGGUGAGGAGGACCAGGACUAUGACCUGAGCCAGCUGCACCGGGGGCUGGACGCCCGGCCCGAGGUGAUCCGCAAUGAUGUGGCCCCCACCCUCCUGCCAGCCCCCCAGUACCGGCCUCGCCCCGCCAACCCCGAUGAGAUCGGGAACUUCAUUGACGAGAACCUGAAGGCGGCCGACACGGACCCCACGGCCCCCCCCUACGACUCGCUGCUGGUGUUUGACUACGAGGGCAGCGGCUCGGAAGCCACCUCGCUCAGCUCCCUCAACUCCUCCGCCUCCGACGGGGACCAGGACUACGACUACCUCAACGACUGGGGCGGCCGCUUCCGCAAGCUGGCCGAGCUGUAUGGCGGCGGCGAGGAGGACGAUUAGGGACCCCCAGCCUGCCGCUGCCACCUCAUUUCACCCCUCUGGACUCACGUCGGUCUCUGUCCAGGGUGGCCAAACCCCCUCCAACACCUCCUGAACCCCGUGCCCAAGUCUCCCUCACUGAGAAAACCUCAGGCUCGCUGGGGGAUGGAGGGGUUUUGGGGUAGUCUGGGUGUUUCCUGGCCCCCUUGGCUCCAGGGCAUGGAACAGUUUAAUCCAUUCCCCAUCCUGGAAUUGAGGUGCUCCCAGCUGUGGGGGGCAGGAUCAGGUCCUUCUUCCCUAUUCCAUGCGGGGAAAAAGGGUUUCUCUGGCGCUCUCCAAAAUACCUCGUGCUCCCAGCCCCACACAGGCUCAGAUCGUGAACCUG